AUGUCCGCUGAAGCCGAUGAUUAUGAUUACCUUUUCAAAGUUGUUCUAGUUGGCGAUUCCGGCGUGGGAAAGUCCAACUUACUCUCAAGAUUCACAAGGAAUGAGUUUUGUCUCGAGUCCAAGUCUACAAUCGGAGUCGAAUUCGCAACUAGAACUAUCGAGAUACAAAAUAAAAUAAUCAAAGCACAAAUAUGGGAUACUGCAGGACAAGAGCGCUAUCGUGCAAUAACCAGUGCAUACUACAGGGGUGCAGUCGGAGCUUUACUUGUAUAUGAUGUUACGAAUAAAGACACAUUCGGUAACGUUGAGAAGUGGUUGAGUGAGUUGCGAGAUCACGCCGACGCAAAUAUAGUCAUAAUGUUGGUCGGUAAUAAGUGCGAUCUUGCACAGUUGAGGGUCAUACAGGCCGUGAAGGCGCAACAAUUUGCGGAUACAGAAGAUCUUAUAUUCAUAGAAACAUCUGCUCUUGAUGCUACGAACGUCGAAACGGCAUUUAUCAACGCUCUAUCGAAUGUGUACAAUGUUGUUUCGAAGAAUCAAGCAGUAAACGCAGAAGAAACUUCAAACAAACAGAAUAGAAGUAUACUCAUUUCUGCUGCAGAGGAUGGUUUUCGGCCAAAGUCUAAGUGUUGCAGCACACAAUGA